CUCUCUAUCAGCAUCUCAUUCCUGUCUCAAUAUGUCUCAAGAUGGCGGCCAAUGCAGGAUCGAUGUUUCAAUAUUGGAAGCGCUUUGACUUACAACAACUACAGAAAGAACUAGACGCCACCGCCACACAGCUUGCCAACAGACAGGACGAGAGCGAACAGACCCGGAAGAAACUAAUCGACCUGAGCCGCGAGUUCAAGAAGAACACACCAGAGGAUUUACGGAAACAGGUUGCCCCUUUGCUCAAGAGCUUCCAAGGAGAGAUUGAUGCAUUGAGUAAGAGAAGUAAAGAAGCAGAGAACGCCUUCUUGAACGUGUACAAGAAAAUAAUCGAUGUCCCAGAUCCUGUACCUGUGUUGGAGCUGGCUCAGCAGCUGCAGCUGAAGCUCCAGAGGAUGCACGACAUUGAGACAGAGAACACCAAACUUCGAGAGACACUGGAGGACUAUAACAAAGAGUUUGCAGAGGUCAAAAACCAAGAGGUGACCAUUAAGGCCUUGAAGGAGAAGAUCCGCGAGUACGAGCAGUCCCUGAAGAAUCAAGCUGAGAACCUGGCCCAAGAAAAGCAGCUCCAGCUACACAACGACUAUGCAGAGAAGGAGAGGAAACUUCAGGAGAGCCAGGACUCCAUGUCCUCAAGGCUGGAAGAGGCCGAACACAAGGCCCAGUCCCUACAGACAGCACUUGAAACAACUCAGGCCGAGCUCUUUGAUUUGAAGACCAAGUAUGACGAGGAAUCCACAGCAAAGGCCGAUGAGAUUGAGAUGGUGAUGACGGACCUGGAAAGAGCCAAUCAGCGAGCAGAAGCAGCUCAGAGAGAGGCGGAGUCGCUCAGAGAGCGGCUGUCCUUGAGUAACCAAUCCCAGCAGCUCAGCAGCCCGGCCAAGGCCGACCCUGACACGGAACAGGCGGCCGAGGUGGCAUCCCACUCCAGUCUGGAGGCGGAGCUCAGGGCCAAAGAAAGGGAGACCGCCCAGCUGGUGGAGGACGUCCAGAGACUGCAGGCCAGCCUGACCAAACUCCGAGAGACCACCAGCUCCCAGAUUACACAGCUGGAGCAGCAGCUUAGCAGCAAGACUGCCACUCUCAAGGAACUGGAGGAGAAACUGCAGAAGCAAGCUGACUAUGAGGAGGUGAAGAAGGAGUUGAGUAUCCUCAAGUCUAUGGAGUUUGGAACAUCUGACUCUGUGCAGGACUCAUCCAAACCUCUGGAGGUGCUGUUGCUGGAGAGGAACCGUAGUCUUCAGUCCGAGAGCGCCGCUCUGCGCAUUGCCAACACUGAACUCAGCGGGUCAGCCGGGCGAAAAGGGACAGAAGAGUCCACACCGAAGGAGGAGACCAUGCCCAGCGACCCCUCUUCCUCGCCCCCUCCCCCCCCUCCCUCUCUUCCUUCCUCCUCUCAGCUCCCUCUGUCUCACUCUCAUACGGACCCCCUCAACACUGCCACCACCACCAGCAGCAGCGAAACGCACCCUUUCACUCCUACGGGCAUUGGACAGGACUUCUACUCCCCUGUGUUCCCUCUGGUGGGUGGUAAGAUGGCUUUGAACUCCCUGAUUCAGCGGCAGCUGCUCCAGACCUUCUACUCCAAAGCCUUGCAGGAAUCAUCUGGAAUCCCCAGUGGGGCUUUACUGUUCACCCCCUUCACCCCAACCCUCAGCUCAAUCCCUACCUCCACCCCUGGCUCUGGGUCAGCUGCCAUCCCACUGGCAGCCAGCAGCCCCCAGCCACCUCCAGCCAGCCCAGACAUGGCUCCUGUUAACGGGAGCAGCACCGCUGGCAGUGCUCCAUCCCCAUCACCCAGCCACUCUGACGCCACCACGGGAAGUAUUUUGGAUGGGGAGGACAUGGACACAGCAGAGAUUGCCCGGCAGGUGAAAGAGCAGUUGAUCAAGCACAACAUUGGUCAGCGUGUGUUUGGCCACUAUGUGCUGGGACUGUCCCAGGGUUCGGUCAGUGAGAUCCUGGCCAGACCGAAGCCAUGGAACAAGCUAACCAUCCGAGGGAAGGAACCCUUCCACAAGAUGAGGCAGUUCCUCGCCGAUGAGCAGAACAUCCUUGCACUGCGCAGCAUCCAGGGACGGCAGAGAGAGGGCUCAGGCCAGCCCCAGCUUAGCCGAGUGUUUCAGGAUGUUCCGAAGCGGAGAGCCCUCUCCAAUACAGCUUCACACACAGGUAACAUUACUGCCCGUGUCCGCACCCCAGAGGCGGGUUCAGAUGAGGCUAUCAAGUCGAUUCUGGAGCAGGCCAAAAGAGAGCUGCAGGUGCAGAAAGCUGACCUGUCCCAUGCUCAGCCCUCAUAUGCAGGACUCAAAGGAGGGGGCGGUGGGGGUAUUGGAGGCGGUGGGGGCAGCGGAUCGGACGAAGCUAUUCGCUCCAUCCUAGAGCAAGCUCGCAGAGAGAUGGAGGCCCAGCAGGCUGCACUGGAACCCAUGCUCAAAGCCUCAUCCUCCUCUUCCUCCUCCACAGCAUCAUUAUCUCAGAGGGACCCCCUGAGCUCACCACUCACUGCCCCCCUUCCCCCUUACAACCCCUUGGCACUCUCCCUCAAGAAGCCUCCCAGCUCCCUCUUGUCCUCCCCCUCAUCCCCGUCUCCCAUCCUGGACUUCAGCUCCAGCAUCAAGAGAGAGGGCAGAGCUUCUUCAGGGAUCGACAUGUCUGCUGACGGAGCUCUCAGAUUGGGUCGGAGCUCUGAGGGGUCAGCCCGCUCUGGAAGUUCUGGAGGGGUGGGUUACUGGAGAGAGCAGUGGUGGAGCAACAUGCAUACAGACCACCGCAGGGCCAUAGCCAGCCAGACAGGAGAGGAUAACCACAACCAGGAGGACUCCAAAGAGGGAAUAUUGAGUGACAGCCUCUCUCGACACAAACCGUGGAACAAGCUGAACCAGAGGAGCAGAGAGCCAUACCUCCGCAUGCAGCCGUGGCUCAAUGGAGACCAGGGGCAAAACGCACACAUCCAGCAGGCUCAGAACCAAGAGGGUACUCCCAAGACAUCGGCCAGCUGCAGCCCUGCUCCAGAGUCACCUCUCAGUUCAGCUGAGGAGUCUAUCAACGGUCUUGCAGGGGAUCCACUUGCCUCGCAGUCCUCCAGUCUCAAACCUUUGUCUGAGGAUCCUUCAGGUGGGGAGUCGCAGCUCGGCACCCCACUGCCUGUACCUGGUCAUUCGGGUCUCAGCAUCCAGGAAAUGGUUGCAAUGUCUCCUGAGCUUGAUACUUACGCCAUCACCAAGAAGGUUAAGGAGGUGCUGACUGAUAAUAACCUUGGCCAGCGUCUGUUUGGGGAGACUAUCCUGGGUCUGACUCAGGGUUCUGUCUCAGACCUGCUGGCCAGGCCCAAACCCUGGCACAAGCUCAGCCUGAAGGGCAGAGAGCCUUUCGUCCGCAUGCAGCUCUGGCUCCAGGAUCCACACAGUGUGGAGAAACUCAUGGACAUGAAACGCCUGGAGAAGAAAGCUUACAUGAAGAGGCGGCUGAGCUCCUUGAGUGAUGGCCAUUCUGUGGAUGGGAGCCUAGCGGGGCCAGAUUACAUCCAGGGCUCCCAGAGCCCAGGACAGCAGCAUCUGAAGAAACCCAGGGUGGUGUUGGGCCCCGAGGAGAAGGAGGCCCUGAAAAAGGCCUACCAGCAGAAGCCCUAUCCCUCCCCAAAAACCAUUGAGGAGCUGGCCUCCCAGCUCAACCUGAAGACCAGUACUGUCAUCAACUGGUUCCAUAAUUACAGGUCACGUAUCCGGCGAGAACUCUUCAUAGAGGAGAUCCAGGCAGCUGGAGGAGUGGGGCCUGGCAGUGAGGGGGGCUCUCCUUCCCUCCGCGGGUCCAAAUCAGGAGAGGGGGACAGCUGUGAUGGGACAGAAUCUGAGGGCACAGUGGAGACACGCCAGGGACUGGGCAUUGGCUUCGAGGAUCACAGAGGAGCAUGCAAAGACCACGACAUGGAGGCUGAGUCUGAGGCAGGGGGCUCUAAUAACUCCCCUGCCGAGCUAGACUGCACCACCUCAGGCUUAGCCGGGCCAGGCUCCAGCUGUGGACAGGGUGGACUGGGGCUCUUCGGCCUCACAGAGGCAUCCUCCAGUAGCUCUGCCUCUAGUACUAACAUCCCAGCCUCUGGCCCUGCCAGAAACCCCAGGGACAACAAUCUGCGUAAGAAGAAAGCAGCCAAUCUCAAUAAUAUCAUCCACAGGCUGGAGAAGGCUGCCAGCAAAGAGGAUCCCUCAGAGUGGGAGUUCUAGCUCCCCCUGACCAUCCUUCAUCCCUCUUGUCUCAUAACCUCACGACCUCUAACCUUGGACCCCUCCUGCUCUGUUCCAGUUGGAGAGUGGACACAGCCAAAGUCAAGCUCAGCAGCCAUUUUUAUUACACAGAAGCUUUCCGAAAAGAGGAAAGAAACAAAGAGUGGUUGGCAAAACCCUUGAAAAGAAGAUUUACUGAAUACUUAGAAGAACAAAAUAAGAGAACUUGCGUGUCUCUCCUUUUUUUUGUUUUUAAACUGAGUUUUGUUUUUGUACUGAGAAAAGCACUUAGCCGUCCUGCUGGCCUCCGGCCCUGCUGUACCUCCCCCUAUCACCAGCCACUGGUGCACCAGACUGGUUAGUCCUGAGCUGGGGUCUGACCCACAGCUGGGGUCGAAACCUGGACUCAGUAACACAGGCAAGGCCUGACACAGCAGCUGUCACAGUGAUAGACACUGAUAGAUGAUAGAUAGAGACAGGAACUCUCUUACAAGAACUCUCACUUUCUUAAAGGAGAUUUUUUUUCCGCUCUUCUUCUCACCUCCCAAGUGUCCACAAACCUCCCCUCACUCAGUGAGACGCCUCAUUUUUCACACUGUAGAGUGACUGUUACAAACCCUUUGCCUUUUUCACUCACUGCGUGUGUGUAUGUGCGUGUUUGUAUGUUAGGGGUUGUGUCAGUAUGCAUGUGUGUUUGUGUGUGUGUGUAUACACACCCAAGAAUGGUGUGUGUGUGUAUGUGUGUGUUCUCAAUGGCAGCAUGUUUUCUUUUUUAUCUCACUCCUACACUCUUAAGAGGGUAGUGGAAGGCCUGCCGGCUGAGCUGCCAUGGUUACUGAUGUAAGAAAGAUGAACUUUGACCUAUUGUGUCCCCAUAUCCUAUCCUGCUGACAGCCAUGUGAUGGCCAGAAGGAUCUCUUAAUUCCUCAUAAAACACACGCACUCAUCUGAAGAGGAAGGAAGAAAGGAACCCUCUUUUUGCCUCCUUAAACCCUUCUUUUAAGGAUGAAGGAUGAUCUCUUUUUUUGAUAUUGCAAUUUGGUUGCCAAUAAGAGAUUGCACAGUCUAUUGACUCUAAAGAGUACAAAAUAGGGAAUUUUAGGAAGCAUUUUUAAUUAGUACAAAAUAAGAACAGAAAAUAAGAGAAUAACAAGUUACUGUUUUUAAAAAAAAUGAAACAAAUUAGAAUGGAAUAAUGUUGCGUUGUUGAAAUACGAUACAAUGAAUCCACGUAGUACUGUAGCUGUCUGACAUGGUGAUACUUUAUGUGUCUCUUGUUGUUUUAGGUUGUGCACGUCACAGCUUUACCCAGCACUGGACCUGCUGGGUGUGUGUGUGUGUGUCUGCACCACUGACAAAUUUUCUCUGUUCACAAACACACAUCUUUUUAUAGGCCAAAUCAGGAAGAGUGUGUGUGUGUAUGUGUGUGUGUGUGUGUAUAUUUUUGUCUGUGUGUGUGUAUCUCGUGUGCAUUUGUAUUUGCCUGCAUUAAGUCAGGGUCGAGGUCAAUUCACUCAGAAUUAAAUUUAAGAAGCAGAUUGUCAAUGAUGAAAUUUCUGACUGAAAAAAUGGGUUGUAGCGAAUAAAUUGCAAUGUACAGUACUUUAUUAAUCUGUACUUUCUGUAGAUUGCUGUCAAAGUGAAUUCACCCCAACCCUGGUAUGAGUAGUUACCACUCUCCUCUUGUCUAUCCUGUAUCCAGGGAUGUAAGUCUUUUGCAUUGAAUUCUACUGUAUACACUACAAAUUAUAAGGCAUAUCACCUCCUCCCUGUCCCACACAAGCCCUCAGUGCCUGUCAGCCUACUGCCUCCCCUUUGUGUGUAUGUAUGUGUGUGUGCGUGUGCGUGUGUAUGUGUGUGCGGGUGCAUGUACACACACGCCUGUCAAUACAUGCGUGUGCACAAGUGUGUGCGACUGAGGAGUGUUCAGUGUUUCCAAUGAGUUGGGUCAUAUUUCGUAUCUACUUGCACACACUACUAGUGCACAACUGACACCCUUCUUUAAGCUGUUUGAUGCAUUACCAUUACAUUAAUCUUCUCACAAAGUAGUGUAAUACUAUGAUUUACUGUAGCUUGGUUUUAUUGCUAUUUUGCAUUUAUAGUUUGGUUUUUAUUCUGCUUAUUUAUAGGUGCUGUAUUUUUCAUUUAAUGUCUUAUCAUUUGAGUUGUCUAUUUUUUAAGGGAUUAUACUGUUCCUGAGGGCAAGUAACAUUUUUAUUAGACGUAUAGACUGCCGGCAGUAUUGGUUAAUAUUUACAAAGAUGUACUAGUUCUCAUUUGUUUGUAUAUUCAUGAAUCCUAAAGUUUAGUGUCAUUUCAAUAGCUUUGAAAAUGUGUUUGCUGCAGUUCAUGCUCCCGUAAGCAUAAAGCUUUUACCACAACAGUUAUGCUCUUAAAUUGCUAGCUAGAGAAUCAAAGGACAUAUCAAGAUCAGCGAGUAUAUGAUAGCAUAUCUCUUUUCCUGUUUUCUAUUCUCCGAUAAUGUUUUUGGGGGUUUUAUUUUUUUAAUUUUUUGGCUGUUUCUUGGGCAAGCCCAACACUAACGCUCGGCAGGGCAUACAGCUUUCUUUAGAUAGAGUUCGCCCACUCGUUAAUCACAUUAACAUAAUUAACAGGUCCAAAUGUAUACACUUUGUCAAAUAGGUCAAAUGAAAUUACCUAAACUUGAGAACACAUGUUAACUUGAAGGAGGUCAUAUCUGCCAAAUUGAGAUUAGAGAAGUGUACCAGCUAGCAGGUGUGCUACGCCAGAUUGAACAGAUAGCCAGCCUAUGAUUAUGCAGAAUUUAUAUUGCAGUCCGUAACAAAGCACUUACUAGGGUCUUACCUUGGACAGGGUCUGUAAACACUACAACAGAGUACGAUCCCGGGAUCCUGGGAAAUGUAUGCCUUUUUUAAAAAAAGUGGUUGUGAACCAAGCACAGACUCCGUAUCUGCAUCCUAACACUAAAAUUAAAACAUAAGAUAGCUGUACCCAUGUUUUCUACUGCGUUCAUAUACAGCAACCCCUUAUUUCAAACUACAGAUAACUGUGUGACAGAAAAGGGCCAUUGUCCUGUACAGUUGUAGAUAUUAUGAGUAAAUUGUUUUGGUUUCUAUCCAAAAUUUCCUCAGUUCAUCCUUAAGCCUCCCCUUUCCCUGAAUGCACAUCCAGAUAUAUUGGCAGCCUGUCAAAAGAUACUGAUAACCUCAUUGCACUGCAUUAAGAUGCAUUAGCUAAAAUUGGAUUUUCUAGUGUAUCUAGUAAUUGUAAAAUUCCACAAACAUUGGCUCUUCCUGUGGACGACAGAUGUGAAACAUCUGUCUUCUGCAGAAUACUGAGGGCUCAUUGCCUUCUGUUGGACUGCUUGGACUGGACAACCACAGUUUGUUUUAUGGUGAUGAAUAGCUACUGUAAAGUAUAAGCACUUAACCCAUUUGCCAUUUUAUAGCCAGAUCCAUCAACUCGCCUAAACCAUGUGAGAUCAUCAGAUUUGUGCCUUUAACUGCCAAGCAGGGCACCAAACUAGUGAUGUCAUUAGAUGCAGACGACUUCACCUGAUUUGUUCAUGAUAUAUCCCACAUCUUGAUCCAAAUUUACUUCUCAUCCACUUCAUGUUGGUACUUUAAAGUUGACUGUAUCUCUGCUCUCUGGGAAGGGGUUGUAUAUAAUCGCUGGAGUGCAGUGAAAAAGCGAGGAGAAAGCGAGCUUGUGUAUUCCUUUGACUGACCUGUGGACACGUUUCCGUCCGGGUCUCAUUUCAGACAGUUGUUUUCCCACAAUGCAUUUCUUACGUUGUACAUAACCUAACUAGCAGCGAAAGGCCAGAGCAUUGAAUGAAGGAGGAAGCAUGCAGAAACAGCGUACACUGUAAUAACACUGAAUUUAUUCAUAGGGCAUUUUGUAUUUUUCUGUUUGUGUCAGGUUUGCUGUGACAUUAAUAAUGGCACUACAGGUAUUGAUAAUGACGUGUGCCAAUUCUAAUGGUUAUUUGGAAAAGAGACGUGUAAAUACGAUCGAUCAAGUAGCUAUUGAUUCACUAUUGUCACAGUAUGUUUUUGUUUGAAGGCAGGAGGAGAGAAGGGACGAUUCAGGACUUUUCCAUGAUCCACAGAUAUUUUUCUACAAAUUUAAAUCAGAUGAUUCUAUACACUGUUGAAUAACAUUGUAAAGGUGUAACAGAUGCUGUAUAUCAUAUCAUGUUUUCUGAAGUUGUAAAGCUUUACUGUAUGAUCUGUUGAAGUAGUGGUUAUUCAUUUGACAUAUUAGUUGUAAUGGAAGCCCGAACAGCAGCACUGGUCACCAUAUUCAGGAAAAAAAAAGAAAAAAAAAGAAAGAAAAACCUCAGAUGUUUUUUGUAAUACUUUUAGAAUAUAUCUUAUGAAGUGGGUUUUGUAAGGAAACACUUUCCAAAUCAGUGGUGCUGUAUGCAUAGCACACUCAGUAAUACAUACACACAUAAUACAGCACAAUACACUCAUCCUUUAAACCCACCCCUCCCUCCCACUGACCCACACACACACUUGCGUGCUUUUUUUUUUCUUUUGCUUUUUAUUUCCCACUCACCUCUCACAUUGGCUCCAGCUAAUUUUAAGUCUUAAACCAUUUUCCUCUUAUCUAUUCAGUUGUUUCAUGCUGAACUUGUACAGGUUUAACAGCCAGAGAUCGACUCCGGCACAAUGAAACAUUUCAGCGAGUGCUCGCAAGACUUAAAAGAGGAAGCAAAAAGCCAAAUAGUGAAGUAGUUAUCCACCUCCGUUGAAAGGUUGCUGACAGUUUUUCUGAAUGUUGCUACCAUGUGUCGUCGCUUCAGUUCACCCAUAGCUUAAACCACAGUGUAGUCUGACAACCAAAUGACCUGGGGAGAUCUGCAUCCCCCCCCCUCCCUUUUGGAAAGCUUUAAGAUGCUUGUUGAGGCUUUAGCGAGUUUUUAGAUGAUUUGUCCAACCUGUCAUCAGCAAUGUGGAAGUAAUAAUAAUUCUCAUAACUUCUCCAACUGUUUUUUUUUUAAUUAUUUUGUGAGUGUGUGUGCGCGUACAUGUGUGUUGUAGUACAAAAGGCUGCAUGACUGUAAAGGGAUGGUUAAGACGUUUUUUGAAAGUUGUUUCCCUAGCACUUCUGUCACUCCUGAGAUGCUUUUUUCUCCUUCGGGGUCACCCUCCCUUUCGUUUUUCCUCAUGUAUCAUUGUUUCUUUAUCUUUCUAUUUACUAAACGUAUCAUGUUGUUUGUUCUCAGCACUGUAAAACAGUCCCUUCUACAACAUUGAAAAGCAAUAUCACUGUAUGAAACGUUCACAAUGUAUUUGUUAUGAUUGACAUUUGAUUCAUCAUCAUUAUUAUUCACAUGCACCCUAGGUGUGAUAAUUGAAGUAAAUCUCUUUUAUACAAAUACUAAAAGUGUGCUGUGGUAGUUUUUUUUUCUUUGCCAAAAAUCAUGUUGGAUAUGUGCUUUGUUGAACACAUGGAUGGUACUGUGAAAGAAGUAUUCUCAGAGAAAGAGGUCAGUUAGAAAGCCAGGAAAGAGUAGACAGUAAGGGGGAUCUUUCAGGGGUUUCAUGAUGUUGUGGAUGUUGGACUGCUUCUGCCAUUUACAGCCUCCGCAGGUGAGUUAUUUUGGGAGUUUAAAGCAAAAUCUGAAGACAAACGAGAAAACCCGGGUAAGAAAAAAUCUGCAGAUGAUCUUAAUCUUUC